AUGAGCGACUGGGAAAACGACGACGAGCCGCAACAGCCGGUUGCCCCGCCCAAGCUCUCGGCUGCUGGUCGAAAGAAGUUCGACGACGAAGACGUUGAAGACGAAGUUAAGGACGACUGGGAAGAAGAGGAUUCGGAGCCCGAAGCAGCUAAGACACCCGUUGUUCUGCCACCACGUAAGAAAAAAAGUGUCAAGCAGAAGAUUGCCGAAAAGGAGGAAGAAGAACGAUUGCGACGCGAGCAGGGCCUGGACACGGACGAGGAGGAGGAGGAAGAAGAAGAUUGGGAUGCCGAUCCGAUAGCCAAACGUCGUAUGGAACGAGAGGCUCAGCUGAAGAGCGAUGUUGAGAACGCUGCUAACCUUCUUGGUACUGCCAAGCUGUCGGACGAUGAACUCUCAUCACUGAAGACAGCGAACCCAUCAUCGAAAGAAGAUUGGGAAAAGCUUUCCACUUCGAUUUUCACUGAACUCAUCAAGAAGCAUGCGAGCAAACCGGGAUUCGAAAAGCACUUUGUGCCGCACUUUUACAAAACCCUCGCAUCCACUAUGCGCGAUGUCGACAUUCGCAAGGCAUCGACCAUGCUCAAGACGUACGCCGAGGAGAAGGUGAAAGCCGAAAAGGAAGCCAAGAAAGCGGGUGGUCAGAAGACCAAACUUGCAGCCGCCAAGCCCAAGAUGGUGGGAACGAGCAGCGCCAAAAAUGUCAUCGACACCAACGUAUAUGGCGAUGAAGCGCUGGAUGACGACUUGGACUUCAUGUAA